AUGGAGAAGAUCACCGAUAAAAUCGCGGCUUUGCCGCCCGAUGCGAAUUAUUUCUCGCUGGAGUUCUUUCCUCCGAAAACGCAGAUGGGUUUCGCCAAUCUACAAGCCCGUCUGGAGCGUAUGGCCCAGGCGCUGCGGCCACUCUUCGUCACCGUCACCUGGGGAGCCGGAGGAAGCACUGCGACGAGAUCACUGGAGCUGGCUGAGAUCUGCCAGCGCCAGCUGCAAUUGACGACAUGUCUGCAUCUGACCUGUACCAACAUGAGUCGAGCCUUGGUGGAUCAUGCGCUGGAGGAGGCUAAGGUUUUGGGUAUUCGCAACAUCCUGGCGCUGCGAGGUGAUCCUCCCCGCAGCGAGGAGUACAACAUGCACGGCGAGGACGACAGCAAUAAGGACUUCAUGUUCGCGGUGGACUUGGUGCGGUACAUCCGGCAGCAGCAUGGCGACUACUUCUGCGUCGGUGUCGCUGCCUAUCCAGAAGGCCAUCCGGCCGAUUCGUUUCAGGAUGUCCAGGACCCCGAGCGAGACCUUCCCUACCUGGUCGAGAAGACGCAGGCGGGGGCCGAUUUCAUCAUGACUCAGUUGACAUAUGACAUCGAUGCCUACACCAAGUUCGAGAACCGGCUGCGAUCUCAUGAGUCCGGGGCUUUCAAGACCAUUCCUAUCGUGCCGGGUCUGAUGCCCAUCCAUAGUUAUAAGAUCUUGACUCGAGUCACCAAGCUCAGCCAUGUCAAAGUUCCGCCCCAUAUCCUCUCCAAACUCGAGGCGGCCAGACACGACGAUGACGCUGUCAAGCGUAUUGGUGUUGAUAUCAUCACCAGCAUCGUGGACGGCAUGAGGGAUAUAGCCACCCCGAGACCCCGAGGAUUCCACUUCUACACGCUCAACUUGGAGAAGACGGUGUCGUUCAUUCUCGAACGCUGCGAUCUGAUCCCCCCGUUCUCGGAAUACUCCGACGCCCUGGUCGACGGUGGUAGUCUAUCGGCCCUUGACUCUUCUUCCUACGUGGCGCCGAACGGCGCGCCUAUCCGGUCCCUCACCCGCCGACGGGCCUCGUCUAUCAACUCUCUCCCCCACAACCGUGUCAUUGUCGACAGGGUACAGACGCCCGGAGGUUCGUCCAAGGACUCUACCUCGCAUGAGGCCCCCGCGACCAGUGCCGGCAUGCCGGCCAUGCCACCGGAUCGCAACACCACCCUGCAGAUUUCCGAGGGUCUGGGAGCCCUGGGCCGUGAGGCGACCUGGGAUGAUUUCCCCAACGGCCGAUGGGGUGACGCUCGUUCUCCUGCAUUCGGUGAAAUCGACGGUUACGGACCCUCGCUGCACGUUCCUCCCGCCAUCGCCCAUCGCAUCUGGGGCCACCCGACGUCUCGCGAGGACAUCAGCACCCUCUUCCGCCGCCACGUUUCCGGCGAACUAUAUCUCGUGCCCUGGUCCGAAGGUGGCGCCGAAGAAGGCGGCAACGGCCUCAACGCCGAAACUGAAAUCAUCCGACCUGAGCUGCUGCAGCUGAUCGACAAGAAGGGCUGGUGGACCCUUGCCUCGCAACCCGCCGUCAACGGCGUCCGCAGCUCCGACCCCGUCUUCGGCUGGGGCCCUCCUGGCGAGGGCUUCGUAUUCCAGAAGCCCUUCGUCGAGUUCUUCUGCCCAUCCGCCGACUACCACAACGUGCUGAAGCCCACCCUCACGCGCCACGGCCACGAGAAGCUCGCCUGGUUCGCCACCAACGUACACGGCGACUUCGAGACCUCGCUUCCGGGCCCGACCUCCGACGCCGACCCGCUAGAAAUGAACCCAGCCAACGUCAACGCCGUCACCUGGGGCGUCUUCCGCGGCAAGGAAAUCGUCACCCCGACCAUCAUCGAAGAAGUCAGCUUCCGCGCCUGGGGCGACGAAGCCUACCGCAUCUGGGACGAGUGGCGACGCAUCUAUCCGCGCGAUUCCGCCGCCGGCAAAUUCCUCGACGACACCAAGAACGACGUCUGGUUGGUGUGUGUCGUCGGCCAGGACUUUGGCGCUGGCACGGAGAUCGGAUCGCAGGAGGAAGAGGAUGAGUUGAAGUUUAUGUGGAGGGUUUUGAUCAAUAGCAAGUAG